CACAAAAUCAUGUCUGUCGUUGUACCAUAUCACGUUCAACCCAUUGCCGCUACUGCAAAUGGAAUUUUCGCUGGCCUUGGCUUGACUCUUAACGGUGUCACAAUACCUGCAUUGCGUGUAGGUGGUUAUCCCGUCGCCAGCUGGGCUGUCACUUACAAGAAUGGUUCCAAGAUCGGUAUUGCCACCAUCUUUAUUUCGUCAGCUGCACACUUUUACACGUACUACCUGACCAAGAAUCGACGCGCUCUUUAUUGUGGUAUCGCAUCACUGAUCAGCUUUCCAUACACGUUGAUCUUUAUGAAGCCCACCAAUGACCGUCUACAUGAGCUCAACGCAAACCCUGCACAUGACCAAAAGGAGGUCGUCGGGCUCGUUGAAAAAUGGGAUAAACUGCAGAUGUUCCGAACCGGUGCUGGCCUUGCUGCAUUAUGGUUGACUCUCUUUUAGAGUAUUAUAAUAAUUUAAAGAAAUAGCAAAGUAUACAUAUAAUACACUUUUAGCAUUUGUAUCAUGAACGAG